AUGUCGGAGCCAUCGCUAGACGCUGAAAAGAUCCGCAACAAGAGACUGGCAAAGUUGCAACAGUCGCAGCCCCCGCCAUCACCGUCGCCAUCGCAGGAUCCUUCAGCGUCAGACCAAGAUGGCUCACGUUCGAAUCCGACUGCUCAGGAUGGCACAGUCCAGGCAGACUCCGAACAGAAUGGGAGUACGGCAACAUCAUCACGGCCACCUAACACUCCCCAAGAGAGUACUCCGCCGACGCCUCCCCGGAUAGAGUCGCCGUUGCCAACAGCCGACAACCUCUCCAAGGUCCCUUCAAACUCAGCUUCGACUCUAGCGACGUCCGACUCAACGGUGCCGUCAGCCGAACCCUCACACGCCCCUUCUCCUGCGCCAUCAACCCGAAUAACGAUUCAGCCCGCCGACGGGACGGCUCAAAAGCGAGAUGCCAGUACUAUGGAGCGGCCGAGUUCUCGGCAGGGCGAGACUAUCGAACAGUGGGAAGAUCGAACAUUACGAAGUAUAUUCCGGUUCAGCUUUGAUACCGGUCAGACGAAAGACAUGAAUGGGCAGACUCUCUAUCCCCUCCCGCAGUUAAAAGAAGAACUGGAAGCUGAAGACAAGCCCAUCUUAUUGAAUACGGAUCUGCUUGAGCAAGCCAUAAUGGAGGCUGGCGCGAACCUAGGGAAAGUUAGUCCGCAUGACUGGCUCUUUGGGUGUUGGAAGCGCAUUACAAGGCUGGCCAAAGCUAUCAAAGAUCACUCACCUGAAAAUAAGAAAUGGACGAUAGUAUCCGAGGCAAGAAGAUUGUGUAUGAAUUGGUGUCUGCUGUCUGUGACGACCCCAGACAUCUUCGGCGCAGAAUAUGACGGUGUCGCUGCGCUGGCCGACCACCUCCUGUUUGAUCCUGAUGAGGAUCGAGGAGUCUGUCACGAUUUCCUCACCGAGAUUGUGGCACGAUUUGAGGAGGACGACAGCAUACGGAAAAUUUUUGUCGGAGCAGUCGAGACUCUUAGUCGAAGAUUGGCAAAGUUGACGAUGGACAGCGACUAUCGACGGUAUACCGCUAUGCUGCGGCAUCUGAUUAGGUACAAACCGCUGGCAGUCGCAAUCACCAAGUCUCCGAUGUUCGUCAACCCUGUGCCGGCCGCACAGCUUGAAGUCGCCACAUUGCUUGGGCCAUACUUCCAAAUCUCGCCUCUACAAGCAGAAGUGACGAAGCAGUACUUCUCGGGACCGAAGACCAUGGAUCCAGGCAGAAUAAGAACUGCUCAGCAAUCUCUGCAGAUGGCUUUGCGCGCUCAUCAGACUGAACUGUUUGACAUCGUCAACACUUUGGUACGGGCAUCCCCCGAGGCGCGAGAACGAGUCCUCGACUGGUUUGCCCUGGUGGUGAAUUCUAACCACAAACGACGAGCCAUGCGCAUCGACAAGACGACUGUAUCGAGCGAUGGAUUCAUGAUUAACGUCAACACAUGCCUAGACCAAUUGUGCGAACCUUUCUUAGAUGCACAAUUUUCAAAAAUUGACCGCGUUGAUAUUGACUAUCUGCGACGACAUCCACGGGUGGACAUCAAGGACGAAACCAAAAUAAAUGCAGACCAAGAUCAUUCCGACGCUUAUUACAAGAAUCAACUUGAAGGCACCAACAACUUUAUCUCGGAGCUGUUCUUCCUCACGGUGGCCGCUCACUACUAUGGCAGUGAAGCUGCACGGAACAUGUUGAAGGAUAUGGACCGAGAGCUGAAACACAUGGCCAAGCAAAUCGAACAAUUCGAGACUGAGAGGCACAAGUAUGUGAAUAAUCCGAUGCAGCUACAGAUGUUCGAGAAUGCGCUCAAGAAGUACAAAGAUCAGCAUGACAAAGGGUUGUCUUACAAAUACGCCGUCCAGGGGGUGCUACUCGAUGAGCUUGCUCAGACCCGGUCGAUGCAGUUUAUGCGAUUUGUGACUGUUUGGUUGCUUCGACAAGUGUCGCCUCAUCGCCAGUUUCCCAAGGAGCCAUUGACUCUGCCUCUGCCUGCUGAACAGCCCGAAGCUUUCAUGUGUCUUCCAGAGUAUUUCCUGGAUGUGAUCAGCGGCAAUUUUGGCUUCAUCAUGUACAACAUGCCACAAGUGAUCUCAGCAACUCAAUCGGAUGAGUUGAUCAUGCUUUGCAUAACCUUUCUCCGGAAUUCAGAAUAUAUCAAGAAUCCGUACCUCAAGGCCUCCCUGGUUACGAUUCUAUUCAGAGGAACAUGGACCUGGCGUCAAGGAGGCCGGGGGAUUCUUGUGGACCAAUACAACAGCCUGCCUUUUGCAACACAAUAUCUAUUGCAUUCAUUGAUGAAAUUCUACAUUGAAGCAGAAUUUAUGGGCGGCCAUGGUCAGUUCUUCGACAAAUUCAACGUUCGAUACGAGAUUUUCCAAAUCAUCGAGUGCAUCUGGCCGAAUACGGUGUACAGGGACAACCUGCUAAAGGAGGCAAAAGUGAACAUGGAGUUUUUCGUCAGAUUCGUCAACCUGCUGCUGAACGAUGUGACGUUUGUUUUGGACGAGUCAUUCACGGCUUUCCACACGAUUUAUGACCUCACCAAGGAGCUGUCACUGGCUGGCACAACCCUAAACGAGCAGCAACGCCAGGAGAAAGAAGAAGCUUUGGAAGCGGCCAAAGGAAAGGCGAAGUCAUACAUGCAAUUAACCAAUCAGACAGUUGAUAUGCUCAAGUUGUUCACCGAGACUCUCGCGGACGCCUUCACCAUGCCGGAAAUUGUACAACGUCUGGCGGACAUGCUCGACUACAAUCUAGACGCCAUGGUUGGGACCAAGAGCUCGUCCCUCAGAGUGGGCAACCUGCAAGAAUACAACUUCAACCCAAGGACGCUGCUGAGCGAGAUUGUCGACGUCUAUCUCAACCUCAGCGACAAAGAUAACUUUAUCCUUGCAGUUGCUCGUGACGGGCGCUCGUACAAACCGGACAAUUUUGUGGCAGCCGGGAAUAUUCUGCGCAAAUUCGGCCUGAAGUCUCCGGAGGAGCUCGCCAAAUGGGAAAAAUUCAUUGAGAAAGUUGCCAAGGCCAAACAAGAGGAUGAAGCUGCGGACGCAGACCUCGGCGAAAUCCCCGACGAAUUCCUUGAUCCGUUGAUGUACACACUUAUGGAAGAUCCGGUGCGGUUACCUGUCAGCAAGAUCGUCAUCGAUCGCAGCACCAUCCGCAGUCAUCUGCUGAGUGACCCUCACGACCCUUUCAAUCGGAUGCCACUCAAGAUUGAGGAUGUCAUUCCAGCCACGGACGUCAAAGAGGCUAUCGAAAAGUUCAAGGAAGAGAGGAUCGGUAAUCGACGAAAGGAUUUUGUGGAAACUGUGAAGACGGAAGCGGGUGGGAAUGCUGAUGGUGAGCCUAUGGACCUCAGCCAGUGA